AUGUUUGUUGAGCCCCGCGUAAAGGAUCAAUUCUCAUGCAUCUGUCCACCGUGCUACAACCUGCGCAAUAUUUGUGGAAGAGUAUCCGAUCUUCUUUUUCACCUCGAAAUAACCACGCGAAAGCUCACUCUAGAAGAAACGCUGACAUUUCUUAUGGCUUCGAAAGGAUGUAAACAGCCGCUCUACCAAGACCUAGGAGUAUUUCUCUCUUCCUGCGCCAGCUUUUCUUGCCAAUGCUCUGAAGAGUCAAGUCUCGAUUUCUCCGAGACUCUUAAAAAAUAUGAGAGAGUCAAGGAAAUCAUGGAAGACAAGGGUCCAUAUGAUAUGAUGACCUUCAAGACAAAAAUCAUGUCGAAGCUGGCAAGAAAGCGCGAUCAUGGAGUUCUGAAGGAUAUUGCGCAAACAAAAGCAUAUUCCGCUAAGGGUCUGAUUAUCGAACUUACAAAGUUGGCGCGAGAUGAUCUUGGUCACUUAACCCAAACGAUUCUAACUGCGCAUUUAUGUUCGAAGCUCUGCACAGGCGAAGUUCACCCAAGAGAAGUUCUCACCGCUGAAGCAGAUUUCGCUGGAGAAUUUUCCGCUGGGAAGACUGGUGGAACUUCAACUCAAGCUAACACGCUACGCUCUGGUGCAGACAAAGAUGAGCUAAUUGUUCAUACGCUUAUUCUUUGGGGCUAUCGAAUGUCCGAAAAAACGAGCUGGAUCGAAUCCGCUUCAAUUCAACCCUGA